GCGCCCCGUGGCGGGAAGGCCCAAGAUGGCGGUGUCUACAUGGGUCUUGCGGGGCUGCCCCGGCCUCGUACACCGGCGCUUCCCGGGCAUGCUGCACCUAAAAGCCGUGCGGCUGCCGCCCGCGUUGGCCGCCGCCGCUGACCGCCUGCUGCUGCUGCGGGGUUCCUCUGUGCAGAACAUGCAGAGUAAAGCGAAGGCCCUCACCAAUUACUUGUGGAGCCGGAAGCGGCCUCCGGAGGCGGGUGAUCUGAGGAGGAAAGCACGGCAACUGGAACGGCAGCUCAGAGAGGAAAUGGUCCAGACCUCAUCAUCAGACACACCGGCUCUGCUGAAUGUGGCAGACGAACAGAAGCUACAGAACAAGAUACUGGCUAUGCUGCGGAAAACCACUUACCACUGGGAGGCAGUGAGGUACAAUGACGAGCUGAGUCUUGUAUACAUGGCAGCUCGGCUGGCUGGAGAAUUUGCAGCCAUGUCCAGAGUCUUCCAUGAGAUACAGAAGCGGGUCCCAGGCUUCGCCCCCCGCACCUUAUUGGAUUUUGGCUCUGGGACUGGCUCUGUCAGCUGGGCAGCGCACAGCUUCUGGGGCGAGAGCCUGAAUGAAUAUGUGUGUGUGGACAGCUCGGCCUCCAUGCUUUCCGUCGCUGAACAGCUGCUUCAAGGUGACUCCGAUUCCCAGACGCCCCACUUCUCAACCGUGUAUUUCCGACAGUUCCUCCCCGUCUCGCCCAAGGUGAAGUUCAACCUUGUGGUCUCUGCUUUCUCUCUGAAUGAGCUGCCCAGCCUGGCUGAGCGGAUGGAGACCAUCCAGACGCUGUGGAGGAAGACGGAUGACUUUCUGGUGUUGGUUGAGAAUGGCACGAAGGAAGGGCACCAGAUGCUCAUGGAGGCACGAGAAGUUGUCCUCAAGGGUGGGGACAAGCUGGUUCAUGACCCACGAGAGGCUCAAGUCUUUGCUCCAUGCCCGCACCACCUGCCCUGUCCCCGCCUCUCAUCUCAGAAGCCCCUGUCUUGCAAUUUCAUACAAGCCUAUCAUCCCCUACCCUUCAGUAAGAACCCAGAAGUGCAGGAGGAGAGAUUCUUCUUCUUGAUCCUACGCCGUGGGUCUGGGGAAACCGAAGAGCCCUGGCCUCGCAUAAUCCAGCGAGUUCUGCCCCUUUCUCGCCAUGUCCACUGCCAUCUGUGCUGUGCUGAUGGGACUGUGCAGCACGCAGUCAUAACCGCACGCAGACAUGGCAGAGAUCUAUACCGCUGUGUCCGGUGUAGCCACUGGGGUGACCGGCUGCCUGUUGUGAAUGUCCCGGAGGAGAUAUCACCAUCAUCAGGGGAUAAUGGGAGUGCCCAGACGGAGGAUCAAAGCUGAGCUGGCCGUAUUGCGCUGAAUAGUCCCCUCCUGUGGGUCGACUCCAUGCCAUGGACCGAUGAAUGCAGCCCUCAAGCCUAGCAUCUGCCUGGUUCACCCAGAGGAGCAUCCCCUGCUGUCAGUGCUCUGGCAGAGGAUGGCGUAGUGCGGAGGAUUGUGGUCUUUGACCUGCUUUCUGCAUGUAAUGUUCUUGCUGUUCCUGUUUCCUCUUGUUACAUCACUCUGUCUGUCCCUCUUGUGUUCUGUCUGCCCAUGCCUUGUCAUCCUUCAUCCAGGCGAUCAUCUUCCAUGCCGUUCCUGCCCUUGUUGUUUGCCAUCUCUGACGCUCAUCCCCAUUUGUUCUUCUGAUGCAUCUCACCUGCUUCCUUUCAGUUGUGGGUCAGUUCAGAUGUUCGUUGAGUCUUAUUCUCUCUGUUUCCCCUGCACUCUCCAUGCAUCCAGGAAAAGAGCCUGCAGGGAUCACUAAUGGCUAGACUACAGCCGCAGGAGCAGAAGUUUUGAGUUCCCAUCUCCAUUAGGCAGAUUUCUGUUCUUGGGGUUGUCACGUUAUCUAAUAAACAGUUUGUGAAAAGUCUA